CACAUAUAUAAGCCGCACGCAGCCGCCUCCCUCCCUGCUCAGCCCCUCAUUUUUCGUAUCGCCGCCGCCGUUUGCCCAGUGCGCCGAUAGCCAUGGCCCGGAUCAAGGUGCACGAGCUGCGGGGGAAGAACAAGACGGAGCUGCAGGGCCAGCUCAAGGACCUCAAGGCGGAGCUCUCCCUCCUCCGUGUCGCCAAGGUCACCGGCGGUGCCCCCAACAAGCUCUCCAAGAUCAAGGUGGUUCGUACCUCGAUCGCGCGGGUCCUCACGGUGAUCUCGCAGAAGCAGAAGGCGGCGCUGAGGGAGGCGUACAAGAACAAGAAGCUGCUCCCGCUCGACCUUCGCCCUAAGAAGACCCGUGCCAUCCGCAGGCGUCUUACCAAGCACCAGCUCUCUUUGAAGACUGAGAGGGAGAAGAAGCGCGAGAAGUACUUCCCCACAAGGAAGUAUGCUAUCAAGGCCUAGGUUAGGAGCAAAUGUUUUACCUGUCAAGUUUUGCCCAAAAGUUACCUGAAUUUGAAGUUCCAUGCGGACUGUCACCUAAGUACAAUGAAUUUGAUCUACUGCGUAAAAUGUCCUACUUUUGUUUCUUAACUUUCUGAUCUGGUUAUAGCUGCUUGUUGAUGUUGGAAUCUGAUGGUUAUCAUAUGAGAUUCCAGUUUUUCUGGUUGUGGAAGUUUUUCCUCAA